UUGUAUAGAUUUUCUAACCUUAAAAAAAUCAUUAUAUACAACAUUAUGUAUAAAAAAAUCUUGAGCAUCCAAUAAUAUUAUAAUCUUCAUCAUGACAGAACAAGAAGUAACGCCGGUCAUUGAAAUGGAUGAAACUAGUGAUGCAGAUAGUGGUGAUGAUUGGAGUGAAACUAAUGAAGAUGCUCAAACUGUUACAUGUCUUUUUUGUAAAGAUACUACUGAUGGAAUAACAAAUGCAUUGAAGCAUCUUGAAGUACUUCAUAAUUUUGCUUUAAGCAAUUUUAUAACAAAACAUUCUCUUGAUACCUAUUCAUAUAUUAAAUUAAUCAAUUUCAUUCGACAAAAAAAUAUUCAACCAGAACAAUUAAAUACAUUAUGUAUAAAAGAUUGGCAGAAUGAUGAAUAUUUAUAUCCUGUUAUAGAGGAUGACCCAUUAUUAAUGUAUGAUGUCGAAGAUUUAGAAAAAAAACCUGUAAACGUUAUUAGUUACACUGUAAAUUCAGAGAAUGGGUGCGUUACUUUAUCGGAAGCACAUUUUGCUGAGCUACAAAGGACGAUUCAAACACUUAAAGCACAACUAGAACAACGUGAAAUAGCAUGCUUUUUAGCUAAACAGCAAGUGAACGAGAUGGUAGAGCAAGCACAAAAAUUAGUUUUGGAUGACGAACAAGAAAACGUAGAAGAGAUAAUUGAAACAAAACGUAAUUCACAUGCCGAUGAAGGAUAUUUUAAUACGUACAGUCAUUUUGCUAUUCAUCAUGAAAUGUUGACUGAUUCAAUAAGAACAAAAAGUUAUCGUGAUGCAUUGUUUUCAAAUUCAACUAGAUUUAAUAAUUGUAUAAUGUUGGAUGUUGGUUGUGGAACAGGUAUUCUAUCUAUGUUUGCAGCAAUAUCUGGUUGUCGCAAAGUUAUUAGCGUUGACCAAUCUGAUGUAAUAUAUCAGGCUAUGGAUAUUGUAAGGGAAAAUAAUUUAGAUAACGUUAUUACGUUAAAGAAAGGUCGCUUGGAGGAUAUCACUCUUGGAGAAGAAAAAGUAGAUGCAAUUAUUUCCGAAUGGAUGGGAUAUUUUUUGUUAUUCGAAGGAAUGUUAGACACAAUUAUUUAUGCAAGGGAUCAUUAUUUAGUAACUAAUGGUGUACUAAUGCCAAACAGAUGUUCAAUGAGUAUAGUUGGAAGUGGUGAUACACAAAGAUACGUAGAUUUGAUUGAUUAUUGGUCAAACGUCUACGGUUUUAAAAUGAGCUGCAUGAAAAACGAAGUUUUGAAAGAACCAAGCAUAGAAAUUUGUAGGCCUGAAUAUAUUAUAACCACUCCUGCCGAAAUUCAGACAUUUGACUUAUAUACAGUCACUACAGAUUGUGUUAACUUCUCAGCGCCUUUCAAUUUAACUGUGAAAAAAACCGGAUCAUUAACUGCGAUAAUUGGUUACUUUGAUGUAUUCUUUGAUUUAGAAACUGCAAUCAAUUUUAGUACUGGACCAAAUGCUCCUCCAACUCACUGGAAACAAACAGUAUUUUCUUUAAAAGAACCUAUUAGUAUAACCGAAGGUGAAGUCUUAAGUGGCAAAUUAAUAUGUCGCAGGCAUAUUAAAGAUGUUCGUGGUUUGAUCAUUACCAUUCACAUCAAAGAUUUUAGUCAAGUUUAUUAUAUGAAUUAGAUUUUAAUGGAUAUGCUUUUGCAUUGUAAGUCUAUUAAACAAAAAUUUCUAUCUUUAUCAAAUCGAUACUCUUUAGUAUGUUUAUUCAACUUUCUUUUCUUUUCUUUUAUUUUCUUUCUUUUUUUUAAUCUUUUUUAUUUCUUUUAUUUUAUUUUUAAUUUUUAAUAGAUGCACACACACACACACACACAUACACACAAUAACAAAAUUAAUAAUGUUUUAGAUAUCAUUUAGAAAUUACUACUGCCAUCGUAGAACACAUUUAAAAUUUGUUACUUUUUUUUUUAACAAUUUGUACAUUCCAUUGUGGAUUGUAUCAGCAUUAAAAUAAUUUUCAUGCAUUAGAAGAACAGUUCUAUCUAAUUAUGAUUAAUUCUGAAACAAAGAGAAGGACAAAUAAUAUUUUCAUAAGACUAUACGCUUUUAAAAUAAACGAAAGAUAAUCAUGCAGUUAAAAUAUAGAGUUCCAUCCUAAAAAAACAAUUAAAUAAUAUCCUUCUAACAGAAUAAAAACAAAAAAAAAAAACAAAAAAAAACAAUAACCAAAAUAAACGAAAAUGAGUGGCCUUAGUUUUUUUUCAUUAGAUAUUUUUAGAUCAUAGUUUAAAUAACAGUUCUACGAAUAACAUAUACACAUAUACGAACUGUUUAUAUUAUUAAGCAUCGCUUAAAAUCCUACCACCUUAUAUGCCUUAGCUUUAUUCUCUAUCGUGGACCACCAUUAUUUUUCCAAACUAUUUCAAACAUUUGCUAUGAAGCUACUUUUAGUCAAAUUGUAACAAUAAAAAUAAUAAUAAUAUUAUAUUACAAAAGUUUAAACAACAUA